AUGGGAACUCCACUACAUGGUACAGCUAUUAUCACCGGGGCCAGUGGCCUGCUGGGAUCAGAGGUUGCCGUCUCCAUCGCCAAAGCACAACCCUUUGUCCACCUGUUGCUGGUGGCUCGGGAUAUCAGAUCCGACACCGUGAAGGAUGUACUAAGCCGCAUCCGUUUGAUUGGGCCGCGGUCCGUCGAGGUGGUCAAGUGUGAUCUGGCCUGCUUCAAUUCGGUGGCGAGCUUUGCACAGUAUACUGUGGAGAGAGUUCGCAGUAAAGAGAUUCCUCCUGUCACCCUCCUGAUCAAUUCCGCGGCCAGCUCGUCAUACGUCACCGAUCAAGUCACACGAGAUGGGUACGACCCGGUCUACCAAACCAACUGCAUCGCCCCGUUCUUGUUGACGGUGAGCUUGCUCGAGGCCUUCCGAGCCGGCGACGGAACCCCAAACGGCGGUGCCCGAGUCAUCAACAUCGGAUGCGCCGCCAUGUCCAAAGGGUCCCUGGACUACUUCGAUGAGCAGGACCCGGACAACGUCAGCCAGGCCCCGGGAACCCCGAUCAGUGCAAAGGAAGCCACCGCCCGGUUCGGAAGUAGUAAGCUGUUGAUGAGCGCUGCUAUGUAUGCCUUGCGCCGGAGUCUGGUACUCGCGGGCAACAUCUCGCUCAAUGUAUAUACGAUGGACCCCGGAUUUAUGACCGGGGAGAGCCAUCUCACCGCCUCGGCACCUUUGUCGGUGCGCAUGGCGCAUCAGACCCGGUCUGGACUCCGGCCCAUCUUGCGGGUUUUCUCCAAGAGUGCAAUCAACAAGGCUAGCGUUCCAGCCAAGGUCAUUGCGAAAGUCGCAUUCCAGAGGGAAACGGUAGAGAACUGGGGCAGAGAGCGCUAUUAUAUCCUGGAUAGCGAGUAUGAGGCCGGAUCCGUCAUUCCCGUGUUGCGAGACUUGCCGCGCAUGGAUGCGCUGCUGCAGAAGAUCCGUCCGCUAACCUGGGCAUUUAGUAGUUUUCAACCCCGGGCACAACCUGCCUUGCGCCGCCGGAGGCAACUCUUCCAGCGACUAUGUCUUCUCUGCGGUGUCUCCCUGUUGCUCCUCGUCUUGAUUUUCCCGUCGCUGCGCGCCUCCCUCCUUCCGGUGGUAUCGCUCGGCCUCCUCCACCCCUACGAAGACCUUCAGAUCGAGACGAUCCGAUACUAUGACCUCUCCAAAGUGCAAGGAACCGCCAGUGGCUGGGAGCGCGGGGAGCGGGUGCUCAUGUGCACUCCCCUGCGCGAUGCCGCCUCCCACCUGCCCAUGUUCUUCUCGCACCUGCGGAACCUCACCUACCCGCACAAUCUGAUCGACCUGGCGUUUCUGGUGUCGGACUCCGAGGAUGACACGAUGGGCAUGUUGUCGCGCAUGCUGGACGAACUCCAGCACGAUGCGGAUCCGAAGAUGCCGUACGGCGAGAUCUCCGUGAUCCAGAAGGACUUUGGACAGCUGGUCAACCAGGAUGUGGAGAGCCGACACGGCUUUGCCGCGCAGGCCAGCCGCCGGAAGCUGAUGGCCCAGGCUCGGAACUGGCUGCUGAGCGCCACGCUGCGCCCUACGCAUAGUUGGGUCUAUUGGCGCGACGCGGAUGUCUUGACCGCGCCGCAGACGAUUCUGGAGGAUCUGAUGCGGCAUGAUAAGGAUGUCAUUGUACCGAAUGUGUGGCGACCCCUUCCCGACUGGCUGGGCGGAGAGCAACCGUACGACCUGAACUCGUGGCAAGAAUCCGAAACGGCUUUGGCGCUAGCCGACACGUUGGAUGAAGACGCGGUCAUCGUGGAAGGGUAUGCUGAAUAUGCUACCUGGCGUCCUCAUCUUGCCUACCUGCGCGACCCGUACGGAGAUCCGGACAUGGAGAUGGAACUCGACGGCGUAGGAGGUGUCAGUAUUCUGGCGAAGGCACGGGUUUUCCGCUCCGGGGUGCACUUCCCAGCUUUCAGCUUCGAGAAGCAUGCCGAGACAGAAGCCUUCGGCAAGAUGGCCAAGCGCAUGGGGUUCUCGGUCAUCGGCCUCCCACAUUACACUAUCUGGCAUCUUUACGAGCCGAGCGUGGACGACCUGCGGCACAUGGAGGAGAUGGAGCAGGAACGGAAAGAACGCGAGAUGGAGGAGAAAGACCAGGCCGACCGUGCCGAGCGCGUUCAGACCCUGUUCAAGGAUGCCAAGACGCAGUGGGACAUCGACCAUGCCUUCGUCGAGGACGCAAUUGCCGAGGAUCAGAAGCAAGAGACCGCCGCUUCAGGUUCCUCAAGCGAGACGCUUAAGGGCUCGGAGGAAGGUCCUCUAGCGCAGCCCGCUGUGAAAGAGAGGGUGUCGUCGACCUUAUCAUGA